AAAAGUGAAGCACUUGUUUCUAGAUUUUAUUAUAACAUAUCAUUUCACCUUUUUCCACCAUUGAAAAUCAACCAACUGUUUUUUUUAUUAUGCCUCAAGGGACUCUAAUUUCUGCACUUGAUUAUUGUGUUUAACACAAACUGUUUUCAUAUUUGAGGCCAGAAUAUAACUUUCCAUAACAAAAUAGAGGGAAACAAUGUUCUUGCUUUUCUAUAUAGGAUGAUUUCCUAUACCUUCAUGUGUCCUUUACAAUAUUCAAUUUCUGGAUUAUUUUUUCAGCUUCCUCAUGCUUCUGAUGUUGUUAGUAUGUUCAAUAUAGGUCACUCAUUAGAUUCAUAUUCCUUAUCUGCAAAAUUGGCCCUCUCUCAGUUUUUCUCUCUUUAUUGUUUUUGUUUUCUUAUGGAUUUGGUAGGGACAAGAAGAGAGGAAUUUUUAUUUUUGUGAGGUCAUAGAAUUGAGGAAAAUGUAAUUACUCUCUUAAUUGCCUGCUAGGAAGUUUUCGUUUUCAUGGUGUAUACUCAAGUUGACUUGAAUGCCACCUGUUUUUCUAAAAGUGGUUGGAAACUUGGAACCUUUUUUGUGAACAUGUAUGGGACCGGCUUUGCAAAAUAUCAUUUUAGACUUUUCAACUUUGUGCUGCUGUUGACUAUGAAUAAUAUAAUAUACCCUUUUCUCUCCCAAUUUAUGAUUAUAUUUUGUUUUUUAAUACCAAAGUGAAGGGUAGUUUACCAAUUCAUUGCAUCAGCAUAAGAGUGAUGAAUGAUCUACAUCAGCUUCAUUUUUUUAACCAACACUAUAACAUGAAACUUUGUAAUUACAUUUUGGAGAGUAUCCAGAAUCAGAAUUAGAGAUGGCAGGGCAACAAUUAGGAGUGCUGAAUGCACUCGAUGUUGCAAAGACACAGUGGUACCAUUUCACAGCAAUUGUGAUUGCUGGCAUGGGAUUUUUCACAGAUGCCUAUGAUCUUUUCUGCAUCUCCCUUGUCACCAAGUUGCUUGGGAGGAUAUACUACACAGAUAUAAAAGAUCCAAAGCCUGGUGUUCUGCCUCCAAAUGUGCAAGCUGCUGUGACAGGUGUCGCGCUAUGCGGCACUCUAGCAGGCCAGCUUUUCUUUGGUUGGCUUGGUGACAAGAUGGGAAGGAAGAGGGUCUAUGGACUAACCCUCAUGCUCAUGGUGGUUUGUUCCAUUGCCUCUGGCCUCUCUUUUGGAUCCAGCGCGAAGGGUGUUAUAGCAACCCUUUGUUUCUUCAGGUUCUGGCUUGGCUUUGGGAUUGGUGGCGACUACCCUCUUUCGGCUACAAUCAUGUCUGAGUAUGCCAAUAAGAAGACAAGAGGAGCCUUCAUUGCUGCAGUGUUUGCUAUGCAAGGAUUUGGGAUCCUUGCUGGUGGAAUUGUGGCCUUGAUUGUCUCAUCUUCAUUUGACCAUCACUACAAGGUCCCUACUUAUAAAGAAAAUCCACAAGCAUCAUUGGUGCUGCCUGCAUUUGAUUAUGUUUGGCGCAUCAUCUUGAUGUUUGGUGCUGUGCCGGCUGCUCUGACUUACUACUGGCGUAUGAAGAUGCCUGAGACGGCUCGUUACACAGCUCUUGUUGCCAAGAAUGCUAAACAAGCCGCCUCGGACAUGUCCAAGGUGCUACAAGUUGAUCUUGAAGCUGAGGAGGAGAAGGUGAAAGAAAUUACAGAGAGUCAAGGCCAAAAGUUUGGCUUGUUCAGCAAGGAAUUUGCCAAGCGCCACGGCUUGCACUUGUUGGGAACCACAACCACUUGGUUCUUGUUGGACAUUGCUUUCUACAGUCAGAAUCUUUUCCAGAAGGACAUUUUCAGUGCCAUUGGAUGGAUCCCACCUUCCCAAAAUAUGAACGCAAUCCAUGAGGUUUAUAGAAUUGCAAGAGCACAAACACUCAUUGCACUAUGCAGUACUGUACCAGGGUACUGGUUUACAGUGGCCUUCAUCGAUUACAUGGGACGGUUUGCCAUCCAAUUGAUGGGUUUCAUCUUCAUGACAAUCUUCAUGUUCGCACUCGCCAUACCAUAUGAUCACUGGACUAAGAAAGAGAACAGAAUUGGGUUUGUAGUGAUGUACUCACUGACCUUCUUCUUCUCAAACUUUGGUCCCAAUGCAACCACAUUUGUUGUCCCAGCCGAGAUUUUCCCAGCGAGAUUGAGGUCUACUUGUCAUGGAAUCUCAGCAGCUGCAGGUAAAGCUGGAGCCAUUGUAGGUGCAUUCGGAUUCUUGUAUGCUUCGCAAAGCAAGGACCCGAAGAAGACUGACAAGGGAUACCCAACUGGUAUCGGUGUCAAGAACUCCCUCAUUAUGCUUGGUGUCAUCAACUUCUUGGGAAUUAUAUUCACCUUGUUGGUGCCAGAAUCAAAGGGAAAAUCACUGGAAGAAUUGAGUGGGGAGAAUGAAGAUGAAGGUGCUGAGGCUAUUGAGAUGCAAGGAUCUGCUAGGACAGUUCCAGUUUAAUCAAAGUGUUUAAAAAGUAUAUGGUUUUUGUUGUAAUGUGAAAAUUUUAAUUUCUGAUAUUCUCCACUGUAAGAUGCAUAAUAAUUAUGUAGAUAUUUGCUUUUGUGUGUGAACGUUUCUAAUUCAAAGUCAUUGAAGAGGGCUCAUCAUGUGUUUCAAUCUUAUUAA